AUGGCAAACUUCAAGGGCCAUGCCCUCCCAGGGAGUUUCUUCUUACUGAUUGGGAUCUGGUGGUCACUGAAAUACUCAUUCAGAUACACAAGUCAGAAAGGAAAAAACAGAAAGCUGAACUACUACUAUCAGAAGAUCGAGAUCAUCGAUGGAGGGGUCAGAGUCUUCUUUGCUGCAGUUGGGAUCCUUGCAGAGCAGUUUGUUCCAGAUGGGCCCCACAUGCACCUAUACAAUGACCAAGACUGGAUCAAAUUGAUGAACUGGCAGCACUGCACCAUGUAUCUGUUCUAUGGGCUCUCUGGCCUCAUGGACAUGCUCACUUUUCUCUUCCCUGUUAUCCCUCUGGGGCUGGACCGGCUUCUGUUGGCAUUGGCUGCAAUCACAGAAGGUAUGCUCUUCUAUUAUCAUGUCCAUGGUCGGCCACCAUUGGACCAGCACAUCCACCUUCUCCUGCUAUUUACGCUUGUUGGAGGAGCCAUUACCACCUUCAUUGAAAUUUUCCUCAGGGACAAUAUUGUUCUGGAGCUCUUCCGAUGCAGCCUUGCUAUUGCCCACGGCACCUGGUUCUGGCAGAUUGGCUUUGUGCUGUUUCCACCUUCUGGGGGUCCUGCAUGGGACCAAACAUCUCAUGAUAACAUCAUGUUUAUCACCAUGUGUUUCUGCUGGCACUACCUGGCUGCUAUGAUCAUUGUAGCCAUCAACUACUCUCUGGUUUGUGGUAUAGUAAAUCGGUUGAAGAGAUCCAGAGGUGAAGAAAGCAUUGGGAUUCAAAAGCUGAUAUCAGGUUCCAACCCUCAGGAAGCACUUCUGAAUGACACAGAUGAGGAGUGAGACUCAAGAAUUGAACCCACCACGAGCUCAAGUAGCUGGGGCAGAUACUCCCCUUCGCUCCAUGUAUCUUAUCGUCUGCCAUGCAAUAACUGUGCUGCUCCCAAGGAACCUACAGCCCUCACAGUGGCCCAUCUUCACUCUUGUACUUUGCAAAGUUAUGGAGUCCAAAAGGAGAAUGCUGGCUUUUGAUAGUCGGAGGUUGACAUCAUUCUUGUCUUCUUAAAAUACACUGACACUUGUUUGUGGUCUGAGACGAAAUCCAGAAAUGAUUACCCCCUUCCACUACAUCUAAUCCCUGUGCCUCAGUGAGUCAUUGGCACUGGGAUUAUUUUGUCUAGCAGAAAAACAAGAAUUGUAUUCAGACUCAGGGAUAGAAAGUUUGGCUGCCUAAUGUGUAUUCUUAUUCUCAAUGACCCAGGACCAGGUUAGGGGCCUUCUGUAUAUCUCAAUGGGUUGAUUUUUUUAAAUUACACACCAAAUCUCUGUUGAUGUGUAUCAUUUGUAUUUAAAGGUUAGAGAAAUGAUUCCCACAAAGAGCAAGCCUAUGCAGUUUGGGAAAAGAAAUUAUUGAGUUUGGGCAAUGAAGUGUCC